AUGAAUCAUAAUAUAAAUAUCUUUUUGUAUAUUUGCAAAAAGGAGAAUGAUAUAAAAGCUAAAAAGGGUAUACAAAAAAAACUUAUACCUACAAUAAAUAAAUUUAAUAAAAAGAUUAUUAUAAAAUAUGUUUUAUAUGACUGUAGGAAUAAAACUUAUAUGAUAAAAAAAAAAUGGAAAGUACAUUACAUUUUAAAUAAAACGAAGAAAAAGGUUAAAAAAAAGAAAAAGGAAAAAAUAAUAAAAAAUUUAAUACAUGAUGAAAUGAUAUAUAAUAAAAAUAAUUUUGAUAAUGUGCAUAAAGUAGAUAAUAAGAAUGUUCAUCUUAAUAAUAAUAUUUUGUCUUUUAAUAAAAAAGAUGGAUGUCCUAAAUCAAGUUAUAGAAUUUUAUUGCAAACAAUUGGGAAAAAUAUUAAAAAAUUUAAAAAUAGCACUAUAAUAAAUACAGGGGUAGACACCAACAAACAGGAAAAAAAUGUGUUCUUCUAUGGUUUCUUAUUUACAAAAUACUACAACAAAUAUAAGAGAGAAAAUGAAUUAGUUGUAGAAAAGUGCAGUAUUUUUGAAGAAGACAAAAGAGUGAAGAAACCAUACGAGGUGUUUAAAAAAUAUGAACAUAUUACAGAUACAUCUGAUAAGGAAUAUAAAAAUAGUUUAGAUAUAGAUGAUUGUAUGAGAAGAAAAAAAGGUUUAAUAUUUGAUAUAUAUGAUUAUAUAAUGAAAAUGGGAUAUAAAUAUAUAAAAAUAUAUCUAUCUUCGUGGUUAUAUAUAAAUGAAAGAAUUAUUGACUUGGGAUGGAAGAAUAAAAUAAAAUGUAAGAAAAAGAAAAUAACAAAAAAAAUAAGAAGAUAUAAGAAAGUGACAUUUUGCCAUCGAUGUUUUAUCAAAAAAACGUUUGAUUAUAAAAAUCUGAGAUAUCCUCAUUGUUGUAAUAAUCUACCAUCUAAGGAGAAAAUAAAAACAAAGGAUAAUUUAAGAAAUAGUAUAAAAAAGAUAAUAAAAAAAUUUAUUAAAUAUAUUUAUAAUAAUAAUAAUAAUAUAUUAUAUAAAAGAGAUAUAUAUAAUAUAUGCUUUAUUUUUCAAUAUAUGAUUUUAACAAAUGAGAAAAAAAAAAUGUUUGUCUACUUAAUUAAUUUUCCUUUUUGUAAUAUAUAUAAGGAUAAUAUAUUUCAUAAUAAUAAUAAUGAGAAAUGUUUACUAUUUUUAUUUCAUAAAAGAAUUUUAAAAUAUUUAAAAGGUAUUAAUGAUUAUACAACAUUCUUAUUUCCUUUUAAUAAUUCAAAAGUUUGUCAAAUGGGUUUAAAUUUAAAAAAAAAAAUGAUAUCUUUUAUAAAGAAUAAAAAAAAAAAAUCAUUUUUAGAAAAUUGUAAAAGAGAAAAAUGGAAGAGAAAAAAAUAUAAAAAAGUUAAACUGAGUAAUAUUAAUUUUUUGGUUAAUAUGGUAAAUAAAAGAGAGGAAAAAAAAUAUAAUUAUGCAAGUGAUAAUUACAUGAAUAAAAAUAAUAUAUUACAUGAAAAAGAAAAAAAAAAGAAUCAUAUGAUAUAUCAUAAAAAGGAUAUUAUUUUCCAUACACAUAUGUUUGAAUUAUUCGUGCGACUUAUAUUUGAAAAUACAAAAACGUAUUUUACCAUUUUUAUAAACGAACAAACAUAUGAUAAUGAAUUAUAUAAAAGUAUAUACUAUUUAAAUUUAUGUCAAAUGAUAGACACAAAAAUAUGUCUAACAGAUAGUGCAGUGAUGGUUACAAGAGUGCAGAAGAAUAUAAAGAAUAAAAAUAAUGACAAGGAUGACAAUAAUAAUAAUAAAAACAUUUUAAUGUGUGGAGAACAAAAUGAUUUGAUAGCCACACUUGUGAGACAAAACGAUAUAUACAAAAAUGAAAUCCAAGAAAAAGAUAAAAUGCUAUUAAAUCUACAAAAUGAAAUAGAAAAAAAAAAUAAAACAUUAGAAGAACUAGAAGAAGAAAUUCAGAAAUAUAAAAACGAAAAUUUAGAUAAUAUAAAAAUUAUACAAUCAUUAAAAUAUAAAAUAACAAGAAAAGAUAUUCAUAAAAAUGAUAAUAAUACAAACGAAGCAGGACAGAAGAAUAAUAAUUAUUUAAUAAAAUUAUAUAAUGAAAAUAAUAUUUUAAAGGAAAAACUUAAAAAAUUUAAUAGCUCUAUUAAAAAGCAAGACAGCUCAACAAAAUUGAUGAUAAAACUGGAGCAUAACAAGGAAGACAAUCACAGUGGCAUAAUUAACAUCACAGAUAAGAAAGAUGACGAUCAGAUAAAGAAAAUGAGUUUUUUUAUGAAAGCCUUUCUAGAUGCUGAACAAAAAUUAUACACAGCUGAUGUUGUAAUAAAUACUCAAAAGGAAAUAAUGACAAAAAUGAAAAAGGAAAGAAACAAUUAUUUGGAAAAUAUAAAAUCUAAAAAACUGACCUUUAAGAAAGAAUUGGAAAACUCAUUAGAUUUUAUCUUUUCGUUAUGUGAAGACAUACGAUCCAAAAAAGAAAAGAUAUGCAUUACUAAUAGGAUGAAGAAUUUAAAAGAUUGUAUAUAUGAUUUUUUAAGAGAAUUUGAGGGAAGUUAUUAA